CUUCAUAGGUGGAUAAAUACAGCAGGUGUAUCUUUUCCUCAGAGACAGAGAUUACAUAGAGAAUAGUCAGAGGAGAGCACUGUGAAAAUUAAACAGCUUCACCGUGGAUUGUUCUGGAGCAUCAUACUUUCUCAUCAUAUUGUGACGUGUGCUGUAAUCAGCGUCUAAAUGUCAUCACCGUGCCUCAGCAGUAUCCUGACUCAUGCCAACCUUACCAUGUAUCAGACUGGCUUGCCUGAUGUCCUGCCACAACAGCUUAAUGUGCUGCCCAGCAUCAACACCCUCCAGUUCAACAACGCAGCAUCCAACUCUGUCAUAAGUGGUCAGUGGUACAGGCAGAUCAACCCUCACUGUUGGACAGCAGAUCAUGUUCUAGAGUGGAUCAGUGACCAUGUAGAGAGCACCAAGUUUGAUGCUAGCAUCUUGAGUCUGGACUACUGUGUCAUGGAUGGCCUGACCCUCUGCCAGAUGAGCCAGGACCAGAUGACUGAGGUCUUUGGCCUGCAGCUUGGCCCACACCUCCACCUGAGUCUGCAGGAAUACAAGACCAAAUAUGAGCUGCAAAACUUGUCAGGACCAGAGCUAAACGAGACCUGUCAGCUCCUUGACAACUUCCUGGACAACCUAAGCUUCCCUUUACUCAGCACCAUUCGUAUUGGCCAAGCAGAAGAAGUGAUCAACAAGAGAGAGUUUGACUGCCAGAAUGAUUAUGAUCUGACCAGUCUGACCAUGGAACCCAUGACACCUCUGGGAGACACUGAGUACCUGUCUGAUAAUCAGUCUGACAGCGAGUACAGCUCCUCCUCAAACAGUGGCAUGUUUGGCUUUGCAAGCAUUGGUUCUCCAGAAUCUGGAAGCAGUGAAUCAGAACCUGAGUUCUCCUACCCUCUGAUCUCAAAAGCGCACAUCAAAACAGAAAAAGACGAAUCUCGAUUGAAGCGACCACGGGGGCGUCCUCCUAAAGUCAGCCGAGAGCACGGCAGCAGUAUGUGUGACAACCCAAAGAAAAAUAAACAUGCACCUCGUGGCACUCACCUGUGGGAGUUUAUCAGGGACAUUCUGAUCCACCCAGAGAGGAACCAGGGCUUGAUGAAGUGGGAGGACCGCCGCGAGGGUAUUUUUAAGUUCCUCAAGUCGGAGGCUGUGGCUCAGAUGUGGGGACAGAAGAAGAAAAACAGCAGCAUGACAUAUGAAAAACUGAGCCGUGCCAUGAGGUAUUACUAUAAAAGGGAGAUCCUGGAGCGUGUCGACGGCAGGAGGCUUGUAUACAAAUUCGGGAAGAACUCCAGUGGCUGGAAGACUGAGGAACUUGGCAUGGGCAUAUGAGGCAUCACUCAUCAACUGAGCAGGGAAGCAGAAAGCCUGUCAGAGUGGUUGAGCAGGAACUACAAAUACCCAUAUGCACUGUCCAAAAAAAAGAAACCCUUACUGUCUGAAACGUUUAAGACAUGUACUUCCUCUAAGAAGGGAGAUGUUGCAGAAAAUGUAAGCCAGUGUUUUUGGCUCUAGUAGGUUUUAUGAACCAAUAUUAAUAUUUUACAUGUGUUUUUGAUUGUCGCUACAGAAUCUAUGUGCGCAAUACUUUAGUGUACAUCAUUUUAGAUGAUCGUUAGCUUCUGCAAGCACUCGUAGCAACAGCAACCUAUUUACAGUUGUACAAAUAUCACUCCCAAUCUUUACUAAAGCAGGACUCAUCCUCAUCUGUUACUGUGGCUUUGUUUUGUAUUGUUGGAAACAAGACUAAGGUAGGGCAUGUGUAAAACUAACUGUGGGUCUGAAUCUAGGACCAAGUGUGGAGUACACAGUGUAAAGAGAUAGAACAUAGAAAUGUAGGAGAUGUGAACUUACAUUAACACAAUAAUGAUGUGCAGUACAUGUCUAUUAGUAUUACUUAUUAUAAAGUGUGUUUACGUCAUGUAGUUGAUGAGCAACUUAGUGAAAUGAUGUGAUAUCUGUUUUCCUGUAAAAAAGUUUUUAAUGAAUCAGUCAGAAAUCAGUUGUAUGCUGCCAGCAUGAUUGUUUGAAUGUGAUUAAUCUACUUUUUUAUCCAUCAAUCUUUGUCCUAAAUAUAUGGUAUGUGGAGAGAAUCUCACUCUUUUAAUAAGAGACAUAUUGUUUCUACAGCUUUUUAAAAUAGAAAUAAAUCUUGCACUUCCUGUUUUGCCACUGA